UCGCUACAACAUCCCCAACCCUCCUCCCCCACUUUUAAAUGGAAUUAAUGAAUACCGGAGGCUCUGACUGUCCCUCUUGCAACUUUUUCCAAGACAAUGCGGCAAUGACACGGUUACCCAGGGGCCCCCACCUGACUCCUCUCUUCCCUAAACAGGGCUCUCACAUGGCUUUCUGGUGCUGCUUCAUUUCCUCAGAGGACAGAAGGCAGGGUCCGCCUUUUCCUCAGCUCCACGGAGUGCCCGCCAUGAUCCUGUCGCUGAUACUCCAGCUGUUGACCUUCUGUGAGCCGUCCCUCCCCUGGCCUGUGUGUCACGCGGACUUCGCACCGACAGCUCCGCCAGCCUCAAACCCCAAGCCCUGGCUGGGGGCUCACCCUGCCACAGUUGUGACUCCGGGAGUCAACGUGACCUUGCGGUGCCGUGCCCCCCAACCUGCCUGGCGGUUUGCACUCUUCAGAACUGGGGAUGUUACCCCCCUGUUCUUCCGGGAUGUGGCCGCGGAGCUGGCUGAGUUCUUCCUGGAGGAAGUGGCUCUGGCCCAGGGAGGCAGUUAUUACUGCCGCUAUCGCAGGACAGACUGGGGACCCGGUGUCUGGUCCCAGUCCAGCAAUGUCUUGGAACUGCUGGUGACAGAUCAGCUGCCCAGACCAACGCUGGUUGCAUUGCCUGGGCCUGUGGUAGCUCCAGGAGCCAACAUAAGCCUGCGCUGUGCAGGCCGCGUGCCGGGCAUGAGUUUUGCGCUGUACCGCGUGGGUGUGGCAACCCCUCUGCAGUACAUCGACUCUGUGUAUCCCUGGGCUGACUUCCCUCUGACGGGCGCCCAUGCUCCGGGCACCUACAGCUGUUAUUACCACACACCAUCUGCGCCCUAUGUGCUGUCACAGCGCAGCCCGCCGCUGGUCAUCAGCUCCGAAGGUUCCGGCUCCUCGGACUAUACUCAGGGAAACCUCAUUCGUUUGGGAGUGGCGGGGCUGGUCCUCAUCUGCUUGGGCAUCUUAGUUACUUUUGACUGGCAUAGCAGGAACUCCACUUUUGGUGGCCUCCUGCCUCAGCAAAACUGGGUGUAGGCAUGUGGGAUGAGAAGAUCCUGUCUGGAGAUGGGCAGAGAAGCCGGGAUCAUUGGUGAUUAGCCCCUGCAGAAGGCUCCAGGCGUCCAGACUCCACUGGAUUAACCACCCUCACCCUUUUGCAUGGUAGCUUCCUGCUGGGUCCUCUCCUAGACUUCCCAGGGGAGUGGACAGCACUACCAUAUUUCCUUUGAUUGUAAAAUGGUUUAAUACCACAUUAUUAGGGUUGUUGAAGGAUUAAAAGCAGUGGCUGGCCUGUGGUAAAUGAUGUUCAGUUAA